UUGUCUUUGUUUUUGAGUUGGUUAUUGCGUGCUGCAUGUAAUGCAAUAGAGAGAGAGAGAGAGAGAGAGAAAGAUAUUUGAGUCAAUGCAAUAUUCAUCAAAAUGGGUACAAGAGAUGUUCAUGAUGAUCUUCAUACUGAUGAUGAUGAUCAAGAAGACUCAGAGUUAGAGGAUCAAGAAUCAGCAAAGGCAGAGAAAUGGAAAAACCAUUACUCAUCAAAUCACAGGAUUCUCCUUGUUGGAGACGGUGACUUUUCAUUCUCUCUUUGUUUGGCCAGAGCCUUUGGGUCUGCUCACAACCUCGUUGCCACUUCUCUUGAUUCCUAUGAUAGCAUUGGAAAGAAGUACAGUAAUGGAUUGAGCAACGUGAUGGAACUUCAAGAAAGAGGUUGCCUUGUUUUUCAUGGUGUUGAUGCCAAGGAAAUGAGUCAGCAUUUUUUUCUCAAGACCCAGAGGUUUGAUCGCAUUGUCUAUAACUUCCCUCAUGUUGGCUUUAUAUACCCAGAAAAUAGCCACUGCCAGAUCCAGUUGAACAAAAGGUUGCUGAAGGGUUUUUUAGCAAAUGCCAAGGCUCUAAUAAAGAAAGAGGGUGGGGAGAUUCAUGUAACACACAAAGAGGGUGAUCCAUACAACAAAUGGGAUCUGGUGAAGAAGCCAGAAAAGAGAGGGCUGGUCUUGCAACAAGUUGUGCCAUUCUUCAAGGAUGAUUAUCCUGGUUAUGACAACAAGAGAGCCCAUGGAAAAUUAUCUGAUGCACCUUUCCCGGUUGGGGAAGCUAGUACUUACAAGUUCAAGGUCCAAACAUCUAACACUUGUAAUAAUUGAUAGUAGUUCUAAGUGUUGGGUUUUUUUUGGAAGAUCAAAGUUAUUUAGAAAACAUUGACUUUCAUGUACCAAAACAGGUAACAUGAUGCCAAUCUUGGAUUUGUAUCUUCCUGUGGGGAUGGCGAUCUUCUGUAAAUAUGGAUGGCUGGAGUUCAGUCUGCUAUUUUUCAAGGGGCUGUUUUGCUUUAGUUCUUUGUUGCAGACUUGUGUUCAACUUCACUGGUGGUGUUGAAUAGGCUGUAAUCUCUUUUAUUUAACUCAUGAACUUAGGAAAAAGAUUGAAGGGAAAGGGAGCCUUAUUUAUCCCUGAAAUUUAACCGAAUACCCCUCCCCUUGUGAAUGAGGCAAAAAUAAAGAAUUUGGGAGAUGUUGAUUUUUUAACA